AUGCAUCAUCACCAAAAUCUCGGAGAAGCUGCCGCAGCACUUUCGGGGAUGAUUCCUCCUCCCUACGAAGCCAUGGCCAUGUACGAGCAGCCCAAGCCGCGAUUCAUCUUCAAAAUGCCCCGCGUAGUGCCCGACCAGAGGUCGAAGUUCGACAGCGACGAACUCUUCCGUCGUCUCAGCCGUGAAAGUGAGGUCCGGUACACAGGAUAUCGGGAACGGGCUGCCGAGGAGCGCCGGAUGCGGUUCGUGAACGACUGCCGCAAGGGCUACGCGGAGAUUUCCUUUGUAGCAUCCGGCACCAAUCUGCAGCUGUAUUUCAACGCGAACCACAAUCCGUACGCCCAGGAGCAGGAGUGUGACUUUGAGCGGGAGCGGGGCAAGGUCCAUUUACGGUCCAACUUCAUCAUGAACGGCGUGUGCGUCCGUUUCCGUGGCUGGGUGGACCUGGAUCGCUUGGAUGGAGUGGCCAGUCUGGAGUACGAUGAGCCACGGGCCCAGCAGGAAGACGCCCAGCUUCAGGAGCAGAUUCAAAGCUACAAUCUGAGGAUGGCCGAGUCCAAAAGGAUUUACCAUACACCACAAACAUCGCCCGAGGAUCAUCCUCAUCGCAGGGGAGGACCUGGGAUGCCAGGAGGGCCUAUGGGUUGGUAG